UCAAAGGUCAUGGGAGUGCUGUGCAGGCCGCCCUGGUGAGCAUUCAUGGGUGAUGGGCAGGGGACUGGGUGGAUGAGUAGCUUCAAGCUCGUUUUCCCUCUUUUUGAAAUGCUUGUCCCCUUGCAGGCUUUGCUGCAGAUGGUGUGUGACGAGAGCCACCACAUACUGGCCUUGUCCGAGUGCCGCGGGCUGCCCAGCGCCCUGAGCAAGGGCGAGCCGAGUGCCCCCCUUGAGCACUUCCCGAGGGAGGGCCCCGGCCUUUUGGAGGCGGUGCCGGCCCUGCGGAGACAUCUGAACCUAGCACCCCAAAAGGGAGAGAAGGACCCUCCCGGCAUGUGUCUUGACUGGAGAGGAGAAUUUCUCCAGGUUGUGCAGGAGGCAUUUGGAAAAGAGCGGGAGAUGCUGAGGGCCGAGCUGCAGCCCCAGCCCUGCGGCUCUGAGCCCGGGGACCACAGCUCCCUGCUGGAGCGGCUAGAGAAGGUGGUCCAGCAGCAGGAGGAGUCCUUGGAGCACCUUCGCCUGUCAGACAGGAGCAGCCUGCUGUCCGAGAUCCAGGCUCUGCGCGCCCAGCUGCGCAUGACCCACCUGCAGAGCCAGGAGAAGCUGCAGGAGCUGUGCGCGGCGCUGACCAGCGCGGAGGCCCGUGGGAGCCAGCAGGAGCACCAGCUGCGCAGGCAGGUGGAGUUACUGGCAUAUAAGGUCGAGCGGGAGAAAUGGAUGGCAAGCGAAGUUCAGAAAACCCUGCACGAAGAGCAGGAGAAAGCCAGCAGCGUUCGGAAGCUCCUGCUGGUGGAGCAGACCGUCGUCAGAGACUUGAGGUCCGAGCUCCACGAGCGUGAGCAGGACAACGAGAGGCUGCUGGCCUCCCUCAGUGAGGCGCAGAAGGAGGUCCUCCAGCUGAGGUCCGUGCUGGACAGUAAGGAGAGCGACCUGAAGGCGGCCCUGCAGGAGCUGGAGUGCGAGCGCGGGAAGGAGCGCGCCCUGCAGAGCCGGCUGCAGGAGGAGCAUCUGCAGCACCUGCAAAAGGAGGGCCAGAGCUCCAAGACCCUGGAGGAGUUGAGAGUAUCCUUGGAGAAGCAGUGUGCUCAGAGUAAUCGACUGUGUGUUGCGCUGAAACAUGAGCAGACGGCGAAGGACAACCUCCAGAAGGAGCUGCAGAUCGAGGCCUCGCGCUGUGAGGCGCUCCUGGCGCAGGAGCGGGGCCAGCUGUCCGAGCUGCGGCGGAGCCUAGAGGCCGAGAAGGGCCGGUCGCUGGAGCUGGCCGCGGCUCUACGGCAUGAGCGGCUGCUGACGGAGCAGCUGAGCCGCGGUGCACGGGACCCGCCGGCACACCACGCUGUGCUGAGGAGGCUGAAGGACGAGAAGUCCCGCGCGGCGGAGCUGCAAGCCAGGCUGGAGCAGGUGGACGUGCAGAAGCGCUGUGCGGAGCUUGAGAGGGAGAAGGAGGUAAGGGCCGCACAGACCCCCGCCGUGGAGCCCCCCCAGGCAUGGGAGCCGCGGCAUGGUCUGCGGAGAGAGGGGGAGAGUUCCACGAGGCUGGCCGCACAGGAAGGACGCGAGGACUCGAGGAGGAGAGCAGAGACGGGGCCAGGCCGGGCUGACGUGGAGAUGCGGCCGACGGGAGACAAGGAGAAGCUGGUGAGAGCGCGCCGGCCGCGUCACCACCCAGCAGCCCGCCGUGGGGCUGAGAGCACCCCGGGGCCGUGAUCCCGUUCCACUCCUUCGUCCCACUGGUCUGUGUCUGUCCUCCGCCGCCCUCCGCUCGCCACGGCUUCGUGGCAGGUUUCCGCGUCUCCGACCUCGGUCUUUCUCAGGGUUGUCUUGGAUAUUCGGGGUCCUUGGGAUUCUGGGGGAUUGCGUUGACUCCGCAGAUGGCUUUGGGGGGUUGUCACCUUGACGGUGUUACCUCUGCGGAUCAUGAAAUCGGAAAUCUCUGCACAUAUUUAGGUCUUCGAUUUCUUUCAACAGCGUUUUGCUGCUUUCAGGUGGUAAGUGUGGCGCUGUUAAAUUAUCCCCAGGUAUUUUAUGAUGUUCUGAUGCUGUUGUAAAUGGAAUUGGUUUCUUAAUUUCAUUUUCAGAUCGUCCCCGGCUGGCAUACAGCAAUACGGUUGGUUCUCCUAUUGAGCUUGCAUCUUACAACCUUAGACUUGUUUGUUAUUCUCAGUUUUUUAACGUAUUUGUGGUUUUCCGUGUAUGAGGUCAUGUCACCGGCACGUAGACGUAGGCUUUCUUCUUCCGUCCCUCUCCGGGUGACUUUUACACGCCGUCCUGCCCGUCUCGGGAGUCCCUCUCUUCUGGUUCACUCAGCCUUUGUAUGCUGUAUUUUCGGUCAUGAGACAGUUUGGAUUUGCACUUGUAGUGUCUUGGAAUCAAUGUUUUUGCCCUUUAUUCUGUUGAUGCCGAGUUUUCCCAUUGAUCAGGUUCCAUCUGUGGAUCUACCCUUGCGUUCUUGGCUGAAUCCCACUUGACUUUGGUGAUGAUGUUUUUUAUACACUCCUGGAUUCGGUUUGCUAGGGUUUUGCGUAAGGGUUUUGCAUCUGUAUUCGUAAGGGAUAUGUUGGUCUGUGUUUUUCAAGUUGUGGUGUCUUUGAUUUUGAUAUUUGGAUGAUUUUUGCCUCACAGGUUGGGAAGUGUUCCUCUUCUAUUUUUUUUGGAUAAAAUGUUGCUUUCAGAUACAUUUUAUGUCAAUCAGAAGACUUUGUUUCUGGGAAAAUUAAAUUCUGUGUCUUCAUAUGGAUUGACAUUUGUG